CUCUGCUGCCCGCCCCUCGCGGUGAGGAGGAGGUGGAGGAGGAGGCGGCUGGGGAGAGCGAGCAGCGAGCUGGAGCGCGGAGCGCGAGUGAGGGAUCCGAGCCGCCCGCCGCCGCCUCCCCUCCGUAAGCAGGAGCCCCGACCGGGGCCCGGCACGCCGCCCCAGCCCCUCCCUCGUCGUCAGGCCGGGAGGACAGCGCGCGCGAGCCAGCGAGGGGGAGGGAGAGCGACCGAGCGAGCGCCGGGAGGAGGCGGCCGGACCUAGCGAGCGCCCGCGCGUGUGGCGUGAGGGGAAGCCGCCUGCCCGCCCCCUUCGCCUUCCCUUCUCUCCCCCUCCCCGAUCCCCCCCAACCGCGGAGCAGCACCAUGUCGGCGCCGGCGGCCAAAGUCAGUAAAAAGGAGCUCAACUCCAACCACGACGGGGCCGACGAGACCUCAGAAAAAGAACAGCAGGAAGCAAUUGAACAUAUCGAUGAAGUACAAAAUGAAAUAGACAGACUUAAUGAACAAGCCAGUGAGGAGAUUUUGAAAGUAGAACAGAAAUAUAACAAACUCCGCCAACCAUUUUUUCAGAAGAGGUCAGAAUUGAUCGCUAAAAUCCCAAAUUUUUGGGUAACAACAUUUGUCAACCAUCCACAAGUGUCCGCGCUGCUUGGGGAGGAGGAUGAAGAGGCGCUGCAUUAUUUGACCAGAGUUGAAGUGACGGAAUUUGAAGAUAUUAAAUCAGGUUACAGAAUAGAUUUUUAUUUUGAUGAAAACCCUUACUUUGAAAAUAAAGUUCUCUCCAAAGAAUUUCAUCUGAAUGAGAGUGGUGAUCCAUCUUCAAAGUCCACUGAAAUCAAAUGGAAAUCUGGAAAGGAUUUGACGAAACGUUCCAGUCAAACACAGAAUAAAGCCAGCAGGAAGAGGCAGCAUGAGGAACCAGAGAGCUUCUUUACCUGGUUUACUGACCAUUCUGAUGCAGGUGCAGAUGAAUUAGGAGAGGUCAUCAAAGAUGAUAUUUGGCCAAAUCCAUUACAGUACUACUUGGUUCCUGAUAUGGAUGAUGAAGAAGGAGAAGGAGAAGAAGAUGAUGAUGAUGAUGAAGAAGAAGAAGGUUUGGAAGAUAUUGAUGAAGAAGGAGAUGAGGAUGAAGGUGAAGAAGACGAAGAUGAUGAUGAAGGGGAGGAAGGAGAGGAGGAUGAAGGAGAAGAUGACUAACAGAACACUGAUGGAUUCCAACCUUUUUUAAAAUUUUCUCCAGUCCCUGGGAGCAAGUUGCAGUCUUUUUUUUUUUUUUUCCUCUUGUGCUCAGUCGCCCUGUUCUUGAGGUCUCUUUUCUCUACACCAUGAUUCUCAACUUAUUUUGGGGGGAAAUACCUUGAGCAGAAUACAAUGGGAAAAGAAUCUCUACUCGUUUCUGUUCCAAAUUCAUUUUUAUCCCUUCCUGUCUCAACAAAAACUGUAUGGAAGCAACACCACCGAGCUCUGUGGGAAAAAAGAAAAACCUGCUCCCUUCGCUCUGCUGGAAGCUGGAGGGUGCUAGGCCCCUGUGUAGUAGUGCAUAGAAUUCUAGCUUUUUUCCUCCUUUCUCUGUAUAUUGGGCUCAGAGAGUACACUGUGUCUCUAUGUGAAUAUGGACAGUUAGCAUUUACCAACAUGUAUCUGUCUACUUUCUCUUGUUUAAAAAAAGAAAAAAAAAACUUAAAAAAAUGGGGUAUAGAAGGUCAGCAGAGGGUGGGUUUGAGAUGUUUGGGUGGGUUAAGUGGGCAUUUUGACAACAUGGCUUCUCCUUUGGCAUGUUUAAUUGUGAUGUUUAACGGACAUCCUUGCAGUUUAAGAUGACACUUUCAAAAUAAAUUCUCUCCUAAUGAUGACUUGAGCCCUGCCACUCAAAUGGGAGAAUCAGCAGAACCUGUAGGAUCUUAUUUGGAAUUGACAUUCUCUAUUGUAAUUUUGUUCCUGUUUAUUUUUAAAUUUUCUUUUUGUUUCACUGGAAAGGAAAGAUGAUGCUCAGUUUUAAACGUUAAAAGUGUACAAGUUGCUUUGUUACAAUAAAACUAAAUGUGUACACAAAGGAUUUGAUGCUUUUCUCUCAGAAUAGAUGUACUUUCUGUGCUCUUCCAAGUUUGACCUGUAUAGCAUCAUCGUCAAACUUUGUCACCCCCAACUUCAUAUUUUUUGAUACGCACUUUGCAGGAUGACCUCAGGGCUAUGUGGAUUGAGUAAAGGGAUUUGAAUCAAUGUGUUAAAUGUCUUCAUGGCUAGGAAACGUGGGUACAAUUUGUCAUUGGUUUCUGAAAUUCAUUAUUUGGGAUAUCAGAUUGCUCAAAACUCAGUUCUGAAUAUGUUGUGCCCUUGAUUUUUAUCUCCACAAUUGGCAGUUUUAAAAUGGGCCUUUUAGCUGGAUAUAAAAUAGUGCCUGCCACCACCAUCAGACCUGGUGCCCUAAUGCCAAGUUAUGCUUUGGGGCAGUUACUGGCAUGUCUCCCUUGGCCCUAUAAAGUGCAGUCAAGAAGACAGAGUAAUAAGGCCUUGUUGGUGGUUAGGAGUCACUUUAAGUCCCAGCUCUCUAGCACAAAGCUCUCAUGACUGUGAAUCUAGGUGGUAUGAUGGACUCUGUCUGCUCAGUGCCAUUGUGCAGAGAAGCUCCCUAAUGCAUAAGCUUUUUAACGCUGUAAAAUAUAGUAGCUGAAAUUAAAUGCCACUUUUUCAGAGGUGAAUUAAUGGACAGCCUGGUCAAAUUCAAAGCUUUUUGAUGUAUAAAACUUUAUAAAUGGAACUAUUCCAUCAAUAGGCAAAGUGUAACAAAAACCUGUCUAGAUGGAUAGUAUGUAAUUUCUGCACAGGUCUCUGUUUAGUAAAUACAUCACUGUAUACCAAUCAGGAAUCUUGCUCCAAUAAAGGAACAUAAAGAUUUUUUUUGGA